AUGAGUCUGACCACGAAGACGUUUGAGGGAACCGUGCGCUGCGAGUGGUUUCAGUCCCCGGCCCGCGUGAGCUUCUGCUUCUACGUGCGCGAUCGCCAAGAGGGGGAUGUCCGGGUGGAGGUGGAGACACAGUCCUUGACGGUGACGAUCCGCCUCGACGCGUCAGGGCGCGAGUACCAGUACACCGUUAACCGCCUCUACGCCCCGCUUGCCGGCGAGGCCCCGGCGGUGAACGUGCGGGCAGCGAAGGUUGAGGUGUCGCUGAAGAAGGCAUCUGAGCUGCAGUGGCCGGCGCUGGAAGCGCCCGACGAUGGCCCCAGCGCGCCGCCGCAGGUAGCCGCUCCGGCACCGACUGCCAGCGCCGACCCGCCGGCGUCAGCGGGGGAACUGAAGUACCCAAACAGUCGCGGGAAGGACUGGAGCUCCUGGAGGCUCGAGGACGAGGAGGCGAAGCCGGAGGGGGACCAGGCGCUGAAUGCGCUCUUCCAGCAGAUAUACAGCAACGGCUCCGAUGAGCAGCGCCGGGCAAUGAUGAAGUCUUUCCUGGAGAGCAACGGCACUGUUCUGUCAACAAAUUGGGAGGACGUGGGAAGCCGCGAGGUGAAGGCGGAGCCCCCCGCAGGGAUGGAGGCGAAGCCCUACAACUAA